CACAAAGGCAUUACUAAGAGAUAGUGCUAAUGCUAAUAGUUGCUCAUUGAUAAAGUUAUGUAAUGAACUUUUGACCCACAUAUGUUACUUAGGUUAAAGUUCAUUAUUAGGAAUGAAUUAUAUAAUGCUGUUGUGACUGUUGUUUAACAAUAUUAUGGUCAUACCUCUGACAUAGACAUUGGGCUUUUGGAAAGACUUCUCUAUAACAGUAAAGCAAUUGUUUUCCACCUGAUGGUGCUUUAGCUUAUUUUAAGUUUUUGAUUAAAAUUGCAAUGUUGCAUUGCAGGGAAAGCCACGGCCGUUUGCUGAGCAGAAGUUUUAUAUAGCAUUUCCUUUGUUUCGUGGCACAUCAAUUUAUGCAGAUCUGACCAAGUAAUCUCAGCAUGGAAAAUCAUCAAAGAGAGGGGCAACAAUUUUUAACUUCUUCACAAUGAGCAAAUGGAAAACAUAGAGCUAGCAAAUGAAGUGGAAUCAAUGACCGGUGCUUUGCGACAAGAUCAAGAUUAUGACCAAAGUAUACCACCUCCUAAAAGAGUGAGUCGAAAAGCACAAUGGCAGGCUUCAAUGAGUUCAAAAGAACGAGAUAAUUAUUUGACACGACGACGGGCCAAUUAUCAUUGUCAUCGCGAACAGACAUCAAAUUGUGAAGAUAAUAUCCAUGUUCGAAAGAGAAUGCAUUUAAGCCAUAUAUGGCAGAUGACUGAUAGCGGAGCUAAUCAGAAUGCUACGAACGCUACAAACAGUGAUGAUGACGUAGCAGUCAAUGAAGGAACCUCUGAAAAUGUUGUUCCUCAAAAUGACAUGUCUUAUAAUAGCGGGGUUGCGCAAGUAUGUCGUAGACAGAGACGAUGCAAACCUCAUAAUUGUGCCCGAAAUUUUCAUGAAAAUAUUGGAAUAAAAAAGUAUCAUUUGCCACCACCAAAGACAUGUCCAUAUUGUCAUGCCCGUCUGUUUCAUCAUGAAACCAAAGAUAUAUGUUGCUUAAAUGGGAAAACUGUCAUUCCUCCAAUUCAAUCUCCUCCAGAAAUGGUUGAGUUAUUUUCUGCUGAAACUCCACAAGGUGCCCAUUUUAGACAAAAUAUUCGUGCUUAUAACCAUGUGUUUUCGUUUACAUCAAUGGGUGUGCACAUCGAUCAAAGUUUAGCGACUGGUGGUAGUACUUUCACUUUUCGUGCUCAAGGAUCCAUAUAUCAUAAGAUAGGAAGUCUUCUACCAGAUGAAGAUAACAGACCAAGAUUUCUACAAUUGUAUAUAUACGACACAGACCAUGAAGUAGACAAUCGUAUGUUAGAGAAUGAAGCAUUGCAUAGAGAUGUGGUUGAGAACAUACAACAAAUCUUAAACCGACAUAAUCCAUUUGUGCACGUAUUUCAUCAUCUAGCUUGA